CCCGCCCGCCACACUCAUGCGUAAUGGGCGCAAACUUGAUGCGCGGCAAUCUGUCGAGCUGAGGCGCAUCCGAUCAGCCAAACAUGGCCCAGUUCACUUACAGCAGACUGUCCCAUUUACUGAGAAUAUCCGUGAAUAAACCUUCAGUUCUACGGACGGGGACAGAAACGAAACACGGGCCUGCCUGUUGCUUGCAGCUCAUUCGCUGCCAGAGGUCAGUGGACAGUAAGGCGUUACAGGAGAGGCAGAAGCAGCAGAUGGCCAGAGGUCUUCCCAAACAGAAGCCCAUCACAGGGGUCAAACAGGUCAUCGUCGUGGCGUCGGGGAAAGGCGGCGUGGGAAAGUCCACCACUGCAGUGAAUUUGGCUCUGGGAUUAAUGGCCAACAAUCCUUCCAAAUCAGUGGGCCUGUUGGACGCUGACGUCUACGGUCCGUCGAUUCCCAAACUGAUGAACCUGAGGGGAAACCCGGAGCUCACUGACAACAAUCUGAUGAUCCCACUCACCAACUAUGGGGUUCCUUGCAUGUCGAUGGGCUUCCUGGUGGAGGAUGUGGCUCCCAUCGUGUGGAGGGGGCUGAUGGUGAUGUCGGCGAUAGAGAAACUGCUCCGACAGGUGGACUGGGGGUCGCUGGACUAUCUGGUAGUCGACAUGCCUCCUGGUACAGGAGACGUGCAGCUGUCGAUCACCCAGAACAUCCCGAUAGCAGGUGCUGUAAUCGUGUCCACGCCGCAGGACAUCGCGCUACUGGACGCUCGCAGAGGAGCCGAGAUGUUCAAGAAAGUUAAUGUGCCGGUUCUCGGUCUGGUGCAGAACAUGAGCGUCUUCCAGUGUCCAAAAUGUAACCACCAGACUCACAUCUUCGGUUCGGACGGGGCCCGGCAGCUCGCUGACACUCUGGGGGUCAAGUUAUUAGGUGAUGUUCCUCUUCACCUGAACAUCAGAGAGAUGUCAGACCGAGGACGGCCAGUGGUCGUCUCCUCUCCGGACAGCCCCGAGGCGGAGGCGUACAGGAAGGUGGCGUCUGCAGUGGUCCAGAGACUCGAGGAGGUCAACGCUUAAUUGACAGGCCCAACGCGGCGUCACCUGGCCGACUGGAAACACACAACGAAGAGGCUUCAUGACACGUGCACUCAGGCACAUACGAAAACAGACAUACACACACGUAACACACACACGUAUACAGUGCACAGAAAGAAACUCACAAACGUCUCUGCUGUCAUAGCGCACAAUAGGUUAAAUCUACAAGACUGCAAGCAACAGUCCACAGUUUAUGCUGUUUAUCGUAGUAUCACUGAAUAGACAGGAUUCAUUUAGUUAUGUGAUGAUAUUUAAUAAAACUAAAGUCAACUAAUUCUGCCUGUUUAUGAUUUUUCUGAUUAAAACGAGGGAAGCAAAAUAAAUGACAGUAAAAUAAAGAGAAA